CACCCUGCACACUACUCCUUUCUCCUCUAAACACACAGAUACACCAGAGACCAAACAAAAAACAGACACCCCAGAGGCUCUGCAAACAAGCCUGAGUAGUCAGCAGUGGGGAGACAUGUCCUCCACAGAAAUAAAGGACUCCUUCAGCCCGAAAUACAGCGCUCAUCCCUCUUUCCUUUCAGCUUCAGGUUGUUCUCAGACCCCCAACAUCACGACUCCUAAGCUGAACACCCUUGAUGGGCUGUCCCCAGCAGAGGUCAGAGGAGCCAUGGGGAACCGCACCACUGUCACCGAGUUUGUCCUGCUGGGGCUCUCAGACGCCUGUGAGCUGCAGAUGCUCAUCUUCCUGGGGCUCCUCCUGACCUACCUCCUCACACUGCUGGGGAACCUCCUCAUCGUGGUCAUCACCCUCAUGGACAGGCGCCUCCACACCCCCAUGUACUACUUCCUCCGCAACUUUGCUGUCCUGGAGAUCUGGUUCACCUCGGCCAUCUUCCCCAAGAUGCUGACCAACAUCCUCACAGGAUACAAGACCAUCUCCCUCCCAGGCUGCUUCCUACAAUGUUUCCUCUAUUUCUUCCUGGGCACCACAGAGUUCUUCCUACUGGCAGUGAUGUCCUUUGACAGGUACAUGGCCAUAUGUAACCCCUUGCGUUAUGUCACCAUCAUGAGCAAGAGGGUCUGUGUCCAGCUGGUGCUCUGUUCAUGGAUGACAGGAUUCCUUCUCAUCAUUGUUCUAAGCUUCAUCACAUUUCAGCAGCCUUUCUGUGGCCCCAAUAUCAUCAAUCAUUUCUUCUGUGACAACUUUCCACUCCUGGAACUCAUAUGUGCAGACACAACUCUGAUAGAGCUUCUGGGUUUUGUUGUAGCCAACUUCAGCUUACUGGGCACUCUGUCCGUGACAGCCACCUGCUAUGGCCACAUCCUUCACACCAUCCUGUGCAUCCCCUCACCCAAGGAGAGGCAGAAAGCCUUCUCAGCCUGCUCCUCCCACAUCAUCGUUGUGUCUCUCUUUUAUGGCAGCUGCAUCUUCAUGUAUGUAAGGUCAGGCAAGGGUGGCCAGGCGGAAGACAGGAACAAGGUGGUGGCUUUGCUCAACACCGUGGUGACCCCCAUGCUCAACCCCUUCAUCUACACCCUGAGGAACAAACAGGUGAAGCAGGUGUUUAGGGAGCAGGUGAGCAAGCUCCUCUCCUAA